AAAUCAAGAUUAUUAAAGAAAUUAUCGAAAAUGCAUUCAACAAUUAUAAUUUAUUUAAAGAAUUUGGAUUAAAUCCACCAAAAGGAAUACUUUUAUAUGGACCAUCUGGUACUGGCAAAACAUUGAUAUUUAAUGCAGUGGCAUCAGAAACAAAUUCAUACAAAAUUUUCAUAAAUGGUCCUGAGGUUAUUAGCAAAUAUUAUGGUGAAACAGAAUCAAAGUUGAAGAGUAUUUUUGAAAAGGCAUUGGAGAUUAAUCCUCAUAAUUCAAGAUUACUUGGCACAUAUUUAAAAUGUUGUGAAAAGAAUUGGGAUGUACCUAAAUUGCUCACUAAAUGGGAUCAAGUACUUAAAGAUAAUUCUACAAAUAUUUCUCUUUGGAUACAAUAUCUUGAUUUUCGUCAAACAAAUCUUGUUUCUUUUACAGUUAGUCAAUGCUUGCAAGUUUUUGAAGAUUGUUUACAUGUUUUAAGAAAAGCUGUUUUAGUUACCUUGGAUAGAUCUGUUUCGGAUUCUGUUCAUGAGAUGACUUCUCCUUCUUCACUCCUUUCUUCUGCUACUAUAAGAUAUUCAACAUCAACAAAUUCAUCUAGAUAA